AUGCUUCUCGAUCCAGCUAUUAGGGACUGGGUGUUGAUCCCGAUUAUGAUUGUCAUGGUUCUCGUCGGUGUGGUCCGUCACCAGGUCACCGUCCUCCUGAACGGAACCCCCAAGAAGGCCGAUCUCAAGUCUGCCCGCGAAACUAAGGCACUGCAGCGCUGCGGCCUUCUCCGUGCACACGGAGUCCACAUCCCCGAACACGCCUUCCACGGCCGCAAGGCCUUUCUUUCUGAGGCCUUUGAGAAGGGCACCUACCUGAAGGAGACCAAUACAGGAAACAAGCCCCGAGGAAACGUCAUGCAGGAUCCCGCCUAUGUCGAGACCAUGAUGGACGGCAUGAAGAAGAACAUGAUGAAUAUCGUCCCCCAGACCGUCAUCAUGGGCUGGAUCAACUUUUUCUUCUCUGGCUUCGUUCUCGUCAAGUUGCCUUUCCCUUUGACGGUCAGGUUCAAGGGCAUGUUGCAGCGUGGAGUGGAGACUCACGAUAUGGACGUCUCCUGGGUCUCGUCCUUGUCGUGGUACUUCCUUAACUUGUUCGGUCUCCAGAGUGUCUUUACCCUCAUCUUGGGCAGCGGACAUGCUGCUGACGCGAUGCGUGAUAUGCAGGCAAUGUCAACCAUGGGAAUGGGCGCCGCCGCCGGCCCCAACUUGAGCCCUACCGGCCAGCCCCAGGACAUGCACAAGAUCUUUUUGGCCGAGAAGGAGAAUUUGGAUUUGACCGAGCACGAGUGGGGACUGGAGAAUGUCGAGACUCGUCUGUUGGUCAAGUAUGGCAAGAAGCCUGCCUCUGUUCUUUUGGAUCAGAAGAAGGCCAAGAUUGCCAAGCUCGCUGGACGUCAGGCCACGAAGGAGUUUGCUGCGGUGGCUGCUCCCUCGGCCGCUGCUGCUAAUGCUUCCAGGAAGAAGGGCAGGAGACAGGUUUAA